AGUAAAGGACUCAGAGAACCCGAAAGGAUGCCGAGGUCUUUCCUUGUAAAAAAGAAGCGUGGGCCCUGUGGAGCGUGGCAGUGGAAGGAACCGGAACAGCAUGAGUGGAAAGAAGAUGACACACUUGAAUGUGACAGCGUGAAGGAGCAGAGAUGCAGCAGCAGUCCCGACACUCAGCAUCCCAUCACUGUGCCUCAGUCAGCAGCCACUUUAGGACACGGGACAGCAGCAAGAAUGAGAGUGUCGUUACCAGGAGGAGCAGGAGGAGCAGGAGGAGCAGGGGCUGAUGCCAGGCUGAACUGGUCCACACUGAUGCUCCGGAGCUCCUUCUACCAUCACAGUGCACUGGCACCAGUCACCAGAGCCAAGCCACGUCCUCGUACCUCCCCAGGCUCGGGCGACUUUGUGUGCUCGGUGUGCCAUAAGAUAUUCCCUCUGCAGCGUAUGUUGACCCGGCACCUCAAGUGCCACAGCCUGCUGAAGAGGCACCCGUGUCGAUACUGUGGCAAAGGAUUCAACGACACCUUCGACCUCAAAAGGCACAUGCGAACACACACAGGUAUCCGUCCCUACAAGUGUGAGCUGUGCGAGAAAGCCUUCACCCAGCGUUGCUCUCUGGAGUCGCACAAGAGGAAGAUUCACGGCGUUCACCAACAGUACGCCUACCGCCAGAGACGCUCCAAGAUCUUUGUGUGCGAAGACUGCGGUUUCACCUCUGGCCGCCCUGAUGAAUAUUUCCUCCAUAUGAGACAGUGUCACCCCGGCAGCCCUGCCCUCCGCAGGUACUACCGCCGCCAGGCCCACGACAGCAGCAGCGGCGGCGGUGGCGGGGGUGGCUUUGCAUCAGCAGACUGUAAACUCAAUCCUUAUUUGCUGUACUCAAACCCUGCUUACUUUAUGUAAGUGUUUUUGUAUUACAGCUGUUCCACAUGCAGUUUAUCACCAAAGUCAUCAGUUUCCAACAGGCCACACAUGUAUGUGACCUAUGCCCUUUGUUUCAGUCUUAGAUUUGCUGUAUGUAUAGCCACUUUAUCAACGUGUUACACUUUCUUGUUAC